AUGACGGUUACUCAGAAAAAGCAAUUGUUAUCAUUUUUAAUAUUCAUUUUAAUUAAUCAUCCAGUUGAAGAGCUUCGAAUUCUAUUGGUUGGAAAAACAGGGGCGGGGAGAAGUGCAACAGGCAACACCAUCUUGGGGAAAAAGGUUUUUAAAUCCGAGAUAUCAUCCUUCUCUGUGACUAAUACAUGUGAAAAGGCUAAUGCAAUAGUUCAUGGAAGAAGAGUAUCAGUUAUUGACACUCCAGGUCUGUUUGAUACCAGCCUAACUACAGAUGAAGUUGUCAAGAGAAUUAACCAGUGCACUUUAUUCUCUGCUCCUGGUCCACAUGCCUUCCUAAUUGUGAUUCAGUUGGGCCGAUACACAGAUAUAGAUGUAGAUGCAGUUAGAAUCAUCCAAAACAUCUUUGGUGAAGAAGCCUCAACACACACCAUGGCACUCUUCACGCAUGGAGAUCUAUUGAAGGAAAAAAACAUUCACACGUUUUUGCGUAACAGCACAAAACUGGUCAGUUUAAUGAAAAUAUGCUGUGGAAGAUUCCAUGUGUUCAAUAAUGAAGAAGAGAAUCCAGAACAGGUCAUUCAGUUACUAGACCAGAUUGAUAAAAUGGUUACUGGAAACGGUGGGCAACACUACACAAAUAAGAUGCUUGAGAGUGUUGAGAGAGCGAUUGAACAGGAGAAAUUAAACAUCCUGAAAGAGACAGAGGAGCAGAGAAAGAAGGAGAUUGAUGUUCUUAGGACAAGAUUUCAAGGAGAACACUUUGAAAAAGAAAAGGAAAUGCUGAACAAUCAAUUUGAACUAAAGGCAAGAUGGCAAGCUGAGAAAAACAUUAUUCGUAUUUCAAAUGGUGGGUUCUCUUUUCUAAAGGAAUUAAGAAAUGUAUUUCUUAAAUAAAAAAAAAAAGAGCAAAAUAAACAGCAAUUCCUGAAUGAAACAAAUAAGCAGACACUGAGGAAGACAUGAAGCUCUGAAUGCUAUUUAAAGGUGAGCAUUUUUAAAGUGGAGAAUAUGGCACCAGGCAAGAUGGCAAGAGAAACAUUUAUACCAAACCAUAACUCAAAUACCCCACGCAAAAUUUCACUCUAUUGCGUUGUCACACCUACAUCUCUUUCUAGCAUGUAAUUAUAAGCACAUUUUGGAAAUCUGUAUUUUAGCACUAAUGUAAUUUGAGUACUAUGUUUUUUUGUGCUUUAUGGUUUUGUUGAAUUCUUAUGCUGUGACCUUCUUUUGUGUUGGUUCCCUGUCCCACUCCAAAUGCUUCCAGGUGUGUCUUUGGUCCCAUUGUGUAUUUAGAGCGUUCAUAUUUCCUUUGUAUAUGUCUAGCAUUGUUUGACAUAGGCCACCUGGUUUUAGGUGCAUAUACUGUAAAUCUCUAAACAGAAAUCACUUGGAAUUAUUUAAUGAAUAAAAGAUAAUUGAGGAAUGCCAUCAUAAAAUCAAGAAAGCAAGUAUAUGCAACACUUUUGUGGUAGUUAAGUACACACUUUGCAUCUCUCCCUAUGAUUUAUAUUAUUUCCAUCUUAAAUGUUUUUUUGCUCCCACUGAACCAUAA